AUGAAUGAAGAGUGUCAUUUAAAUUAUGAAACUUCCGCUACAGACCUAUGUGUACCCAGGGUUGAGGGUCAAGGUCAUGAUGUAGUGGACGUAAGGCAGGGUGAGCCUAGUUAUGCGACAUGGCCAGGACGACCCAGGUAUGAGGGUCAGGCCAAAAGUCGGAGACGGUGGUCAGAACAACCAGGGGUGUCACGGGUGCGUGACACCGAGGUUGCUAAUUGGGUACAUAGCAUUAAUGAAAAGCAUCAAGAGCAUGAAGAGUUACAAUGUCAGAGGACCGAUAAGAGACAUCUCUCCACACCUGAAGGAACGGGACGGAGUCGCAGCGUUUCAAGGGAGUCCGGUGAGCUGAAGUUACCUAAUCCAAAGAAAGUUAAAACUAUAGAUCCUACGGAUAAAAUAUUAGAUAAGGUUAUGGCUAUUUUGCAAUCGGUUAAAAGUUCAGAAAAACCUAGGUUGGCUUUUGAUACUAAUAUUGUUCCGGAGUUUGACCCUAUGUCAAGAGAACAAACAAUACUGACAUGGUUAACAAAGGUAGAGGAGUGUGCCGAAAUUUAUGGUUGGGAGGAUAGGGAAAUUAUUCACUAUGCACUUCCUAAGUUGACCGGUGUAGCGCGAUCUUGGUAUCGGAAUUUACCAACUAUAAUGUAUACAUGGAUCGAGUGGAAAAGGAAAUUAAUACAAUCCUUUCCCGUUCGGGAAGACUAUGCUGAACUUUUAACCGAGAUGCUUGCUAAAAGAGUUAAAUACGGCGAAUCACUUGACCAUUACUAUUACACUAAAAUAAAUUUGUUAAAUAGAUGUGGGAUACAUGGACGUCAGGCUGUUGAUUGCAUAAUAUAUGGUGUUGACGAUAGGUCUAUUAAGAUAGGUGCGCAAGCGGCGCAAUUCACUGAACCGGAGCAAGUAUUAAAAUAUUUUAGAACGGUAAAAGUUGGGCAUAGCCGAGAAAAUCAUACGAUAAAAUCUCGAAAUGAUCGUAGAGGUACUUCAUUUACUACAAAGGCUAAUGAUUCAAAAAUCACGUGUUACAAUUGUGACCAAACUGGCCACCCAAGUUAUAAGUGUGACAAACCUGUGGUAAAAUGCACGAGUUGCGAAAAGCUAGGUCAUCUAUCUAUGUAUUGUUACAAAAAGAGAGAUACGAAUAAAGAUCGAGAAAAGGACGUUCUAGUUCGACCUAGGAGCGAACAGCAGGUAGCUCAGUUGAAUAUGACUGAAGAGUCAACCGCCAAAUAUAUAAUUAAUAUUAAAGUAAAUGAUCAUCUAGUAGAUUGUCAGUUAGACUUGGGUAGUCAAUGUUCUCUUAUAAAACUAACUAAGGCCAAAGAAUUUAAUUUAGAUAUGGUAAUAUCGGAUGAUUUACCCACUCUUAGGGGUAUAGGAGGAAAUCUCAUCUCUCCGGUAGGCGUGGCAAUUGCUUCUAUUGAAGUACAAAACAUUAAAGAGAUAUUAAAUUUAUACGUAGUUGAAGACUAUGUUAUUAAACAAUCUGUUCUCUUAGGUCAUUCUUUUACUGAAAAACCAAACAUUUUCAUUACAAAAACCCCUACUGCCGUCAUAUUCAAAAAAAUCUCCAGUGACAAGAUACACCUUAACGUAAGCGAAAAUAUAGAGAUUCCAUCAAAUACCUUACGCGCAGUUCAAGUUUACACUGAUGGUGACAUAACGGUUAACGUCUAUGUAAAUGGUUCUGUCAGAGGUCCAGAAGGAAAAGAAUACUAUCUCCUCCCGGGGGAAUACGAAAUCAAGAAAGGAUAUAGUACGUUAUUGAUCCAUAAUGCUUCACCCAGUUCAAUUACACUGAAAAAGGGCACUCUCUUGACCCGAGUCCGCGAGACUGAUGUAGGAGGCUCCAAAGUAGUAUUAAAUUCUUGCACCGUUACGUUCAAUGAAACUCGAAAUGAUGACAUUUUAAAUUGCAACGAGAAAUUGAGCGACAUAGAACGAUUAAAGUUUAGAAAACUAUUACAAAACUAUAAAGACUGUUUCUCUAGUGGACUUAAAGAUUUGGGCUUCACAAAUUUAACGGAGAUGGUAAUUGAACUUGAAGAUUCGGUCCCAAUCGUCUAUCGUCCUUAUCGUAUGCCUUAUGCUGACCGUAUUUUAGUAAGGAGUAUGGUACAGGAGAUGAUUGAACAUGGUAUAGUUAGGGAAUCUACGUCACCAUACGCCAGUCCCAUCGUUUUGGUACAAAAAAAAUCCGGUGAUAAACGCUUAUGUGUUGACUACCGAGCAUUAAAUCGCAAAACAAAAAAGGAACAUUAUCCUCUCCCUCGAAUCGAAGAUCAACUCGAUCAGCUGGCAGGAAACAAAAUUUUUACAUCACUAGACCUAGCCUCAGGGUACUACCAAAUACCUAUAGCCGAGGAGUCAAAACACAAAACUGCGUUCGUCACACCUGAUGGUCAGUACGAGUACAAUCGCAUGCCAUUUGGCUUAGUGAACGCACCGUCAGUCUUUCAACGUACAAUCAAUAAGAUAUUAUUGGAAGCGAGAGUUAAAUUUGCGAUAGUCUACAUGGACGACGUCCUUAUUCCGGCCAGGGACUUCGAUGAAGGCAUUAGGCGGUUAGAAGAAGUUUUGGGACUUCUCAAAAGGGGUGGCCUUACGCUCAGAUUGAAUAAAUGCAAUUUCUUCAUGGAAACCAUAGAUUUUCUUGGGUACGAGGUGAGUGCCGAAGGAAUUAGACCGGGAUGUCGAAAAAUCGAAGCGGUCACCAAAUUUCCAAAACCUAGGAAUCAACAUGAAGUAAGACAAUUUCUUGGACUAUCAGGAUAUUUCAGACGGUUCAUUUUGCAUUACGCUUUAUUGGCGGCACCAUUAACCAACUUAUUGAAAAAGGACGCAAAGUGGUCUUGGGAUGAUAGUCAGGACUGUGCUUUUAGUAAAAUAAAGGCCAUGCUCACUAAUAGACCAGUACUGGCACUGUAUAAUCAUGAUGCUGAGACUCAAUUACAUACAGAUGCCAGUAAGGAAGGAUUAGCCGGCAUUUUAUUACAAGCAAAUUCAGAUGGCGUCUUCCAACCGGUUUCAUAUUUCAGUCGCAAAACGAACGCGGAUGAACGUAAAUUCCACUCUUACGAUCUAGAAACCUUAGCAGUAAUAGCGUCUCUGAAUCGAUUUCGAGUCUAUCUUAUCGGCAUCCCUUUUAAAAUAUUCACCGAUUGUAAUGCAUUACGGUCAACAAUGAUUAAACGAGAGUUGAUUCCGCGAAUCGCUCGAUGGUGGAUCCAAUUGCAAGAGUAUGACUGUGUCAUUGAAUAUCGACCAGGAGCACGUAUGUCGCACGUCGACGCUUUAAGCCGUAAUCCGGUGGACGAAAAUACUGUUGAAACCCCAACACACAUUGACGUCUUAGCCAUUCAACAAUGCGAAGACGAUUGGAUUAGCACGGUACAAUCCGCUGAUGAAGAGGUAAAGAAGAUAAAAGAUAUCCUGUCUGAUCCCGAUUCAGAACAGGUAAUGGACAUCCGCAAAAAUUAUAAGCUGAAAAAUAACCGCGUUUUUAAAAUCGUUGGGGAUGAGAUAAAGUGGCUGGUACCAAAAGGCGUACGAUGGCAGAUCCUAAAAAUGAACCAUGAUGAUGUUGGCCAUUGUGGUUAUGACAAAACACUAUCACGUAUCCGCAAAAAUUUCUGGUUUGCAAAAAUGCGCAAAUUCGUAAAAAAAUACGUUACAUCAUGUUUAGAAUGUGCACAUCACAAAACACCUGGGGGAAAACGAGAGGGUGAGUUACACCCUAUAGAUAAGCCAAGUAUACCCUUUCAUACAGUCCAUGCUGACCAUCUAGGCCCAUUCGUAAAAAGCAAAAAUGGUAAUUGCUAUCUGCUUAUUUUGGUCGACGGCUUUACAAAAUUCGUGAACAUUAAACCAGUAAAGGAUACCAAAUCAUCAACUACAAUACGACUUCUCAAGGAUCACAUUAGCCACUUUGGAGUACCAACACGUCUUAUCACGGACAAAGGUACAAGCUUCACGAGCGGCGCCUUUAAGGAAUUCAUAAUGUUAUAUGGCAUUAAACAUAUUAUAAAUGCCGUAUCGACCCCACGGGCGAAUGGCCAAGUAGAGAGAUUCAACAGAACUAUUCUCAAUGCGCUCUCUACUUCAUCUCACGGCAAAGAUGAAAAAUCGUGGGAUAAACAAAUUCCAGAUAUUCAACUAGGGUUAAAUACUACGACCCACAAAACUACCCAAAAGUCCCCAUCAGAGCUCCUUUUUGGAUUCAAUAUUAAAUGUAAGAGUGAAAAUAUAUUAAGUGAAAUUUUCGACGAUACCGUUAAGAUAACAUCUGCAGAAAAUCUAAAAAACUCUAGGGACGAAGCUAGAAUUAAAAUAUGUAAAGAACAAACUAAGGACGCAGAAAGAUUCAAUAGCCGUAGGAAGGUAGCAAAACAAUAUUCUGUCGGAGAUUUAGUGCGUGUUGAACGGCAGGUCCCUCACGAUGGACAGUCGCAAAAACUAGUAGUUAAGUAUCAAGGACCGUACCGCGUGAUUAAGGCACUUCGUAAUGAUAGAUAUGUUAUCGAAGACACUCCGUUAUCUCGUAAACAUAAUCGUCGCUAUGAAGCUAUCGUAGCAGUCGAUAAAAUGCAACCGUGGUUAAAUUUUCAUAGAAAUUUAGAUAGUGAUAGUAGUGGUGAAGGAUACGAAUCAGAAAAUAAUUAAAUAAUAUAGUAUAGAAAUAAUGUUAUAGGUAUAAGCAUAACGCAACACUACGAACACGAUCUAUAUGAGAUUAAGCAAAUUGUGAUCUUAUGUUAA